UAUUAUUAUUAUUAACCCUUCUCGUAAACCUUAUUACGUUUCACCGGACCAGAAUCACUAUUAGUCGUCUUCACAGAUGAGAGCAAACAGAGAUCACCAGUUAAGUCAGGUAAUUAGUUCAGAAAAAAACAUUCAAAGAAAACUCCCGUAGAAGCCCAGUGUGAACGUAUAGCGCACGAACCAGUCUAUACUCUUAUAAAUGGUCUUCUGCUUCUAAAUAGAAUCAUUACUUUUAUAUUAUGGUUUGUUAAUCAUUUCGCGCAUUUCUCCAAGACAUAUAGAGUCACACUCCAAGACUCAAUUGAAUAAAGAAAAUAAAGGCGAACCCCAAUUCACAAGACCUGAGCGCGGGCUGCAAAUUAAAGUUCCCAUUUGCAGGGUUCAACGUUACCUUUUAGUUGAGGCUCGCACCCUUCAGACGAGAGUGUACAAGGUCACCGGAAUCGCGGGAUUUUCGUCUUCCGUGCCUCAGAGAAACCAGUUAACGAUUCCUGUAUCACACCUAGCACACAGCGCCCUAUUAUGCCCUUUGUUUUGCGAGUAAAAUUAUUAAUCAGUAGCAACCUCACGAUCAAUAUAUUAUUACUUACCUCAUGGUCAAGAAGAACAGGAAUGCUAUAAAUUAAGUAAUGGAGAAACACGCGAGUCUCAUAGACCAACAGAAUUAACCGCGCCGCGCAACUAUGAAAUAAAAUGAGCGCCGACUCGCUCAUUGGUCGGGCCCAUGGCGCAUGCGCUGAUCGAUCCACGCUAGCCCCGUGUUCCCGCCUUCCGAUCAAAACGAUCAGAUGGGAGCUUGGGCUCAGAGCAGACCGAACUCCCCGCAACAAAGUCAACUCUCUUUGGUGUCGGGAAGCGGGGGCGCCGGAGAAUGAUUCCUUCAUUUAAAAUAUUACCGUUCGUUUCUUUUGGGCAGACGUCCACUUUCUCUUUAAUAUUUUAUUUGUGCGUAAAGAUGACAGCGGUUUUGGAGGUCCUGGGUUGAAUCAUCGCCUGUAGUCGAUAUCUACUCACUUUGUUCGCUGGAAAGUAGGCGUGAAACUUUUUCGACGGUAUCGCAUCUCUGGCGAAGGCAUGAAGCCGAAAAAGGCGCGCCGCUGGGAUCUUUUGACAAAACACGAGCCUUAGGGCAUGAUCUCGAUGGGACAGGUCGAUGCCAGAUCCCAGUACCAGAUCCCCUUGAGACAGGUCCCUAUGCCCAUGCGACAGGUCCCUGAAGCUACGUGAGUACUGUCGGCCGCUAGUCCUCAUGGCUGAUAACCAGACGUACCAUCACGGUACGCACGCCUCUAGUGGCCCCGAAAACGCGUCUUCGCCGAGUUUUCCGCUGCCCGACGACCUGACCUUCAACACCCUGUCCCUCGUUCAAGUCAUCGUGUACUCGGUGCUCUUUGUCGCGGCCGCAGCUGGCAACGUGUCCGUGUUCUUCAGCCUCUUCGGCGAGAGACACCGCAAGUCCAGGAUCAAGCUGAUGAUUCUGCAUCUGGUUGUGGCCGACCUAAUCGUCACCUUCGUCAUGAUUCCGCUGGAGAUCAUCUGGAGGCUCACCGUGCAGUGGACCGCGGGCAACGUCAUGUGCAAGGUGAUGCAGGUGCUCAGGGCGUUCGGACCCUACCUGUCUUCGAUGGUGCUCGUGUGUAUCAGCGUGGACCGCUACUUCGCCGUGCUGCAUCCGUUCAAGGUGCACGAUGCUCGCCGAAGGGGAAGGAUGAUGCUCGCCGCCGCCUGGUAUACCAGCUUGGUGUGCAGCUCCCCACAGGCCUUCAUCUUCCGGGUGAUGGAGCACCCGGCCAUGCCGGGUUUCUACCAGUGCGUCACGUUCGCCUUCUUUCCGUCGCCGUGGCACGAGCGCGCCUACAACCUCUUCUGCCUGCUCGUGCUGUACGGAGUGCCGCUGGCCGCCAUCAUGCUCUGCUACGGCUGCAUCCUGGCAGAGAUUCGCCGAAGCUCCACCGAGUCCGCCGCACGUUGCCCGCCCUCCCGCGGCCAAAACCGGAAGCGUUCCAGCGAGGAUCCCCCGGUUCGCCUGCUCAGCGAGCACGGCGGAACUGCUCGCGAUCGUGGCUCGAGAUAUGUCAUUCCGGAAUGCAGGCAACACUCUUCACUGUCCCAACCCGACCAGGCAACCGACUCAGCCCCAGCCCGUGGCCGCCUCCGUCUCCGUCGCUCGGACACCCGCCACAUCCAGCGGGCUCGCGACCGAACCCUCCGGCUCACCGUCAUCAUCGUUCUGGCCUUCUUCUGGUGUUGGACGCCCUACGUGACCAUGGUCCUCUGGUACCAGUUCGACCCGGACGGCGCCGGCCACGUCAACGGCUACCUCCAGUCGUCCCUCUUUAUGUUCGCCGUGUCCAACUCGUGCGUCAAUCCGCUCGUGUACGGCAGUUACACGACCAGCUCCAAGAAGCUGACCGACAAGGUGCGCGGCUCGCUGGUACGUGUCCGAGACGGAGGACGUUGUCUGCUCUGCAGGAGGUCUUCGGGCAAAACUGUGGUGUCUUCGCCCUGGAAGCCCACGUCGUCGGUGGUUAAGAGUGUCGAACCGGACAGGGACUGCUGUUCCUUAUGUUCGUCUGACAUUCACGCGUCAGACUACAAGCUCUACCCGGUGGAUGGGAAACCCAAGAGUGUCGAAAUCAGUGUGCGCUCGGAUAGGCCUGACAGGAGCGUGUGUGAGGUAACUGGUUCCAGGAGAGGCCGUUACAGUGUGUGACACUUCAUUUGU